AAACGCUAACUGUCACUGUCAAAACUCCCAACCCAUCCGGGGAUGAAAUCAUUACAACAAAAAUGUUAAAUAUCCAUUAAAUUACAAUAACUACAACAAUUAUCAUGUAACUAUGGCAGACAAACUCAGACAGUUAGCGCAAAGGCUGAAAGACAAAGUGCAUUUACCUCAUAUAACAAAUGGCCGUGAGAAAGUCGAUCAGAUCAUCACAAGAUAUGUGCCCGCGACUAAAGUAACAGAAAUUGCGGAAAGACUUAAAUAUGAGACGGUGACUAAAAGGGUACGGGAGAUGGUGUCCAGAUAUGAAAAAUUCACGGGUGUCGAAGAAAUUAUGGCUUUGCAAAAUACCGUCGUCGAUGCGCAGGAAAGAUUCAUGGCAGCACAAGACAGGAGACGAGAGCUCGGCCGCCAAGUCACUGAUGUCGAGAUGAGACUGAAAGAACUCCACGCUGAGAUGCAGAACACCAUGAAAGGCGAUGACAAGUACUUACAUCUGUGUACUGAGGAGCAUAAGCUGAUAGUACAAGAGCGGGCACUUCGCGCUCUCUUCGGUGACGCGGAGCGCGAGGAGAGGGAACUCUUCGCCACCAUGUCGGCAGCCGUCAAGCUCGGACACGAGAGGGAGAGGGCUCAUGCUGAGAGGAACAAGUAUUGGUAUAUCGUCGCUUCUAUAUUUGGCACGGUCCUCGGCAUAGCCGGCUCCUCAAUAAACAACCAUCUGAAGAUGUCAGAAUUCCGUGAAAUGAUGGAGCAGCAAAUGGCCCGCAGUGCCAGUGUCCUCUAUACCAUCGCCGGCGGGGGCAAUGCCGCCACGGCUGACAUCAAGCAGGCUAUGCAGCAAGAGUUCGCUUAUCAGGACAAUCUCGCAAACAAUUUGAAACUCAUGCAGGAGAACAUUAACAAUCUAGUCGAAAAACAGGAACAUUUAAUAGAGCACAUACACCGCCGCGAAAGAACAGUAGACUCCCAAUUACGGGACCUAACCCGAGCAAUAGUCAACGCCUCUCAAUCCAGCAUCCAAUCUGAUGCAGAGAUCACAAAAGCCUUAUCCGUGGUACACCAAGACUUGGAAGAUGUUGACCAAAUCAAGGAUAUUGAUAAAAACAAAGUUUUGUUAGAACCAAAUCAGAUUUUAACUGGCAUAGGCGUUAUAAUGGCAAUGGCAAUCAUUUUUGGCAAUAUCAUUGGCAGGAUAAGUUGAUUUUUUUGGCUGUCUAAGUUUUGGGUUUUGGGGUUCCUGCGUUUUUUUUUUCUUUAAUUUUAAAUUACAUCUUCAUCAUGCCUUUUUGUCGGCCCACUGCUGGGCUGCGGCCUCCUCUCGCACGGAGAAGGAUUGAGCGUUGAUCACCACGCUUGCUUAAAGCGGGUUGGUGAUUUUUUAUGCGAUUUUUUUUUUAGUUUAUUAACCCGUUUUGGCAGUAGGGUAAAAAUCUAGUUGUUUUUUUUACUGGUAAUAUAGUUCUCGCCUAACUUAAUGGCGUUUCGCAGCUAAAUUCAGAGUUUAAGUUUGCGCAUGUGGCCUUACCUUCAUUCGCUCUUAGCUAAAUAUGGUUUCUGCGCUAAGGGUGACCACUUAAAAAAUAUUUCGAUUUUAAUAUUCGAUGUUAAAACAUCGAUAUUUUCUUCUAUCGAAUACUUUCCACAAAACUUUAAUAUUACCUUUUUCAAGUGAAAUGCGCAAAAUUCGUGAAAGUAGACGAAUUUUGCGCAACGACUUGCGCAAUGUUACUAGGCGACAAAAGGUUUGGCAAGAACUAUAUUGUUCUACUACUAACUAUAUUGGUAGUUUAGUACUUAUGUUGAGUUCUAAAUUGUCUUGCAAAAGUUUUAAUACUCUAUACAAAUUAUUGAUUUAAUUCGUAAUUCUUAAAAAAAAAAGAAAAAAUAAUUAUUUACGUUGCAAUUGCCAAGCAAAAAUAUAAACCAAAAGUUUUUUUAUUAAAAUAUAAGUAGAAUUAAAUUGGUAAUUAUAUAAAGUGUAUUCCACAAUGUUUCUGAGAUAAUUUUGACAGCAUUUUUGAAAGUAAAUUUCUAGUCGAAACUAGUUCGUAAAAUAAUUUGAUGCUAUUACAAAUUACUCAAAAACAGAUAAAAAAAUAUAUACAAUUUAUUAUGUACACAGCUAUACACGAAAACGCAUAUUUUGAUACAUAUACAAUAUUGUUUAGCUUACGACUAAUAUUUUUUUAUGUGGCUUUUGGUAAAUUACGGUUACGGGUAAACAACCAGUCUUACCACGCGGUAUCGGGUUGCCCGGGUAACUGGGUUGAGGAGGUCAGAGCCAUGUGGCACACUGGUACUCAGUUGCAUCCGGUUAGACUGGAAGCCGACCCCAACAUAGUUGGGAAAAGGCUAGCCAGAUGACUUCUGCUGGCUUCGUCAAAGCUAUUGUGUCGACAAAUAAUCAAAUUAUUAAAAUACCACCAAAUAAAGGAGUUUUGGGGAAUUUUCGAAUUUAAGACAAAAAGAAUUUUUGGAUUGAAAAAAAAUUUCAAGAUUUCCCCUACUCGUUUACCAAAUUGCCAAACUAAAAAUAUUAGUUUCUGCCAUACUAUUGAAAGAACAUAAAAACGCAGGAACCUCACUUUUUAUGUGAUCGACUUAUUUUUUAACUUUCUACGUCUGACGCAGAAAAUGUAUGGGAAUAACAUUAUUUAUAGUACGUAUGAAAGUCAUUCGGAAUAGCAAACUAUGUAUGCAAAAAGGUGUUAUAUUGCCUUAAUUGGGAUUUCUACCAUUACUUUCUACUGUCGCAUUUCUACCAUCGGACAAAGUCUACUACUGGCCCUAUUUAAAAAUAAUGAAGAACUUUACAUAAACCAUCUACUAAAUAGUCCGAACAAAGCCUAAACAUUUGUUUUGGAUAGAUGAGCCUUAUCUUAUCCUCAUCUGAAUGGCUUAUUUCUAUAGUACAACAAACUAAUAUUUAUUUAUUAACAUUUGGGUUAUAUUCUCUUGCCGAAAUUAGUUCUCCACUAGAAUUUUGUAUAUUUUUUAAUCUUAAAUUUCACUAUCUUUGGUCUAUGUUUCAGCUUUUGUUGUCUAUGUUAUCUGCGAUCUCAGGAUAAUUUUAUAGAAAUUGUAAAUUAAUGUGGUUUUAAACCUAAAAAUUGUAAUUGCUUAUUUAUAAUAUAAACCCGGAAUUAUGGGAUUCGCUAAUAUUUAUUUCUAUUUAUUUAUUUAUUCAGUUUUCUGCGCAUCGUUUUUCCACUACUUAAAAAAUUAUACCAUAAUGUUGCCAUAGAUGAAAACCAUUUUUUUUUCAAGCAAUACAAAUUGAAAUAGUUCCUACUCCAUUUUUAACCGACUUAAAGGUAAAGGAGUGUGCAAUUGACGCCUUAAUAAUGGAUAAGUUGUUUGAGAUCGCUAUAUUUAUAUUUAUAAACAUACUGGUUUUAAGUUUUUCACCAAAAGUUUUUAGAAUUCAGUCUUGCAAUGCUAUAGACUUGAAUAUUCCAAUAUGUAUGUACAUUUAAUAAGACAGUGUUACUCAAAUAAAAAUAUUGAUGUUAUA